UUACGAAUUAUUUUCGUAAUUUAUUUACAUUUCUUUAAUCUAUCAACGAGUAUUGUAAUCAUUUCAGUUAUUUUAAUGGAUGAGGAAGAUUGUUGCAUGAAAAAAGAAGCUCAAAGUAGCUUCCACUCUAAGAACUUUGGAUCUAGUUCUUCAUUCAUGACUGAAGGUGAAGGUUUAGAUGCCACAGAAAAACAUGGAGAUCUUGGAGAUAUGAACUUUUAUAUGGCCAAUUAUAUCAAAGAUGCUAUGAAGAUGAUGUUCAUUAUGCGCAGUCAUCAUAUGCUUACCGAUGUUAUAUUAGAAGUGGGAUCAGAAUUGUUUCAUGCUCAUAAAGUCAUUUUAGCUGCUGCUAGUCCAUAUUUCAAGGCAAUGUUUACGGGAGGCUUGAAAGAAUCUGAAAUGUCUAGGGUAAAACUACAAGGUGUCAGUCCAACAACUAUGGCACGUUUAAUGUACUUUAUGUAUACAGGUGAAAUAAGAGUUAAUGAGAUUACAGUAUGUUCCCUUUUAUCAGCAGCCACCAUGUUUCAGGUUAGUAAUGUCAUAGAUGCGUGUUGUGUAUUCUUGGAAAGACAGUUAGAUCCCACAAAUGCUAUUGGAAUUGCUAAUUUUGCUGAGCAACAUGGCUGUCAAAAUUUAUGUCAAAAAGCAAAUCAGUUUAUUGUUCAACAUUUUAAUCAGAUAUGUCAGGAAGAAGAGUUUCUGCAGUUAUCCGCAAUACAAUUAAUAGCACUAGUGAGAAAAGAUGAGCUAAAUGUACAAGAAGAAAGAGAAGUCUACAAUGCAGUGUUAAAAUGGGUCAAGUACAAUGAAGAAGCUAGAGGACCCAAAAUGGAGCAUAUACUACAUGCAGUGAGAUGUCAAUACCUCACUCCUAAUUUUCUCAGAGAACAAAUGAAAAACUGUGAUGUUUUGAAAAAAGUACCUGCAUGCAGAAAAUAUCUUGCACAGAUCUUCAAAGAUUUAACUCUUCAUAAAAAACCAGUAGUAAAAGAACGAACACCCAAUACUCGAAGAGUGAUAUAUAUAGUUGGUGGUUUUCUAAAACAUUCUUUAGAUGUGUUAGAAGGAUAUAAUGUAGAUGAAAAAUCUUGGACUCAGCAUGCUAAGUUGAUUGUUCCAAGGUCUGGUUUAGGUGGAGCAUUUUUAAAGGGUAUGUUUUAUGCUGUUGGUGGAAGGAAUAAUUCUCCAAAUAGUAGAUAUGACAGUAAUUGGGUUGAUAGAUACAAUCCAGUCACAGAUCAGUGGAGAGCUUGCAGUCCAAUGUCUGUUCCAAGAAAUCGAGUAGGAGUGGCUGUGAUGGAUGGACUAUUGUAUGCUGUUGGAGGUAGUGCUGGUGUCGAAUAUCACAAUAGUGUUGAAUGUUAUGAUCCAGAACAUGAUUCUUGGACUAACGUAAAACCAAUGCAUAUUAAAAGACUAGGAGUUGGUGUAGCUGUAGUUAAUAGAUUACUUUAUGCUAUUGGUGGAUUUGAUGGCACAAAUCGAUUGAAUUCUGUAGAGUGUUACCACCCUGAAAAUGAUGAGUGGACAAUGGUUUCACCUAUGAAAUGUAGUCGGUCAGGAGCUGGAGUAGCCAAUCUCGGGCAAUACAUAUAUGUGGUUGGAGGAUACGAUGGAACUAGACAAUUAAAAUUUGUUGAAAGAUACGAUACUGAAAAAGAUAUAUGGGAAUAUGUUAGUAGUGUCACUAUUGGUCGUAGUGCUCUUAGUGUAACAGUACUGGAUGGGAAGUUGUAUGCUAUGGGAGGAUAUGAUGGUGAACACUUUUUAAAUAUAGUUGAAAUUUAUGAUCCUGCAAGAGAUGUGUGGGAACAAGGAGUACCAAUGACUUCUGGAAGAUCAGGUCAUGCAAGUGCAGUAUCUUACCAUCAGUGUCCUAUUCACUGCGACCAUCUAGAUCAUAAUAUACCUUUAGAAAAACCACCAUCGUGAUAUAUGUAAUUGUUGGGUGAUAGAUUAAAUAUUGAUAUAUAAAUGAAAUUCUUAGUCUGGGGAAAUAAAUAAAAGGAGCAGAGAAGAAAUAAUGGAAACGGUUAUCGAAACAGUGAACGAGUUACAGACUGAUAAUUAUAUAUCUUUGAGUUGUGGAAUAAGCUCAAUUCCUGAGAUUGAACUUUAUUAACAUUCUAUAAUUUUAUUCUCGAAAGGACCAGUGAUUCAUUUUCAUGGAAAAUAGCAUACAAUUUAUAUGUGCUUUUAUGAAAUCAUAAGAACUUUAUUUAUACACGCAUGCAUACACACAUACACACACACAUGCACAUGCGCGCGCAUGGAAAAAGAA